AUGAAUUGUCCAAGUUUCACUGGUUCAAGCACUAUUGAGGAUCCAGAGAUUUUUGUUGAGGAACUGAAGAAGGUAUUUGAGGUUAUGUAUGUUCCCGAUACUGAGCGAGUUGAACUAGCUAUGUAUCAACUGGAGAAUGUUGCUAGGACUUGGUUUGACAAGUGGAAAGAGGGUAGAGCUGAAGAUGCACCACUUGCAACAAAAGCAAAAGGAGCUGCACCAUCAUUUGCUAGUGCACAUGCACCCAGAAACAAAAGUAGUGUGGCACAAGGAGGUAACUAUGCUCCUGCCGGUGCUAGGUAUGGUAGAACCCACCCAGGUAAGUCUCAUGAUGGCCAGACAAGUUGUUUCAAGUGUGGGCAAGAGGGUCACUUCAUGGAAGAGGGCCCUAAGAAUAGGAAAGGUAGUGGAAAACAGGGAAAUAAAGCUCAAUCUUCAUCAGUUGAUUCACCAGACAGGGAUGCACCUAGGGGAGCUACUUCUGGUACAUGCGGAGGAACAAACUGCCUCUAUGCAAUCACUAGUCGUCAUGAGCAAGAGAACUCUCCAGAUGCUGUCACCGAUUGUAGAACUCUUUUUGUCAAGUUCCAAAUUCCUAAUGAGCGAGUCUUAGAGUGGAAAAGUAGUACAACAAUGCCUAUGAGUCGUUUCAUUUAG